GCCGCCGUUCCUCUGCCCGGCCGUCGUCGUCCUCCCCCUCCGACUGAAAUCCCUCCCCUCCACACAAUCUUCCAGCGAUUCCUCUCGGUUGCUUCCGCUACCCUCACUCACUCCUCUGCGCGGCCCUCGCCCCCACCAAUUAAUGGCUUCGUCCACGCUCGCCGCAGCCAGCUGCUUCGCGGCCGAGGGCGCCACCUGCACGCCGACCGGCAUGCAAGAUCUGCGGCGACCACGAUGCGUCUCUCCUCCUGCUGCUUCUGCUGCUGCUUCCGCCUCGUCCCAAGGUCUGUCGGUCCAUCAGAGUAACAGGCCGGUUAGAUAAAUUGCACUAAUUGAUGUCAGUCCUACUCUUCUUUCAGCGAGAAAAUGUAAGGUCUCGACCAAAUAAUUGAUGUUUGGACCGGUGUGUAUUGGCAUCAGUUGCUUCAUUUCUGUUGGAGGAGUGGAUGUGUCGACCGGUAUCUGUGAAAACAAUAACUCUUUGUAGGGGGUCUCACGUGUCCCCAUGGAAUCUCGAGCGAUGCCACUAAGCAGCCAGCAAGUGGGCAACUUGCUAAUUUCUUUCACAAGACUCGAGGCUGCCUUUGUAGACUCUGCUAGCCAGAGAGUCCGCAUCUUUUUCCGCAGGCUCCAAAAGUAGUAUCCAACCACUAUUUGCUCUUGCUUGGUUCCAAUAUGCUGCCGAUAGAUCUGGCAAAGUUUCAUGUUGGUCGCUUUUGUUAGUUGUUCAUGUUGCUCCACAGACCACUUAUGAUUGAACUGAUCCUGCGCCGCUCUCCGAGAUCUCGCAGCACUCUCAGCAGUGGCUUAUCAGUUUUGUUACCGGCAUGUAUUCAGGUGUAGCAGCAGGGUUCUCUCUUGGUGAUUGACUGAUAAUCUUCUAUUAUCUAUUUUUAAAUCUGGCUUGGGCUCAAUCUUACGAGAUCUUAAGAGUAGCGAUGGGCUGACCAUUGGAGUAAACUGUGUCUUCAAAAUGAUAACUAUUGAAUUUUAUUAUUGACGAUUUUUCCUUGCUGGAAGACUAGUUUGCAAGCCUUCACUUUUUGCCAUCUACGGAACAAGUCACCCUGGUAUUUUUUGGUGAUCUACCCCCUGUGCGCGCAAUUUCAUAUGUUUGAUGGCAGCCGUUCUAGCAUCUCUGCUUGGAUCAUGUGCCAAUAAGUUGAAAGAUAUCAUUAUUGAUGAGGCCAUACUAAUCUUAGGGGUGGAAAAGGAGCUCGCAGAAGUGCUGCGACGAGUAGAACUAAUACAGUGUUGCAUAUAUGAUGCUGAGAAAAGGAGGACAAAAGAGCAAGCAGUAAACAAUUGGCUUGGUCAACUGAGAGAUGUUAUAUAUGAUGUUGAUGAAAUCUUGGAUGUGGCUAGAUGUAAAGGAAGCAAGCUACUUGCUGACCACCCUUCACCAUCAUCAGGCAAAUCAGUUGCAUGUAAAGGCCUUUCAGUUUCCUCUUGUUUUUGCAACAUAGUGCCACGCCGUGAUGUUGCUGUUCGGAUUAGAAGCCUGAACAAAAAGAUUGAGAGCAUUGCAAAUGACAAGAUAUUUUUGACUUUCAACUGUGAUACACAACCUACUCGAAAUGGUCCAACAUCCAAACUGAUAAGAAGUUCCAAUCUUGUUGAGCCCAACCUUGUGGGGAAGGAGAUCAUACAUUCUAGCAGGAAGUUGGUGGAUUUAGUGCUUGCACACAAGGAAUACAAGUCUUACAAGCUCGGUAUCGUUGGAACUGGAGGAGUUGGUAAGACAACACUAGCUCAAAAAAUAUACAAUGAUCAGAAAAUAAAAGGAAGCUUCAAGAUGCACGCAUGGAUUUCUGUUUCGCAAGACUACAGUGAAGUAACUCUUUUGAAAGAGGUCCUCCGGAAUAUUGGUGUGCAUAGUGAGCAAGGAGAAAGCAUAACAGAGCUACAGAGAAAUCUUGCACAAAUAAUUAAAGGCGAGAGUUUCUUUCUCGUUCUUGAUGAUGUGUGGCAUUCCAAUGUAUGGACAGAUUUACUGAGACAUGCAUUUCACGAAACAAGUGUCGGAAUAAUAUUGGUAACCACACGAGAUUAUCAAAUUACAAAGAGAAUAGGUAUAGACCAUACCCAUCAAAUUGAUCUCAUGGCAGUAGAAGUGGGAUGGGAGCUACUUUGGAAGAGCAUGAACAUCGAGGAAGAAAAGGAAGUGCAGAAUUUAAGAAAAAUAGGGAUUGAGAUUGUUCAUAAGUGUGGUCGCCUUCCUCUUGCAAUCAAGGUUACCGCUAGUGCUUUGUCAAGCAGAGAACUAACAGAGAAUGAGUGGAAAAGGUAUUUGGGUAGAUUUAUUGGCUCUCAGAGCAUCCUCUUGGAUGAAAUAGAAGAAGCUUUGUAUCUAAGCUAUGAUGAGUUACCGCAUCGUUUGAAGCAGUGUUUCCUUUAUUGUGCUUUGUAUGUUGAAGAUUCUGUCAUUGAACGUGAUGAAGUUACCUGGUUAUGGAUUGCUGAAGGCUUCAUCGAGGAGCGGCAAGGUCAUCGAGGAGUUUUAUUUUCUUCCUAG